AGCUCAGAUCGAUUUCUACCGCAUGUGUCCUUAAUUUACCAGCCCCGUAUUGCUUUUACGACGUCUGUCUUGCAGGGUGUGUCUGCGGGGAUCAGUGUUCAGAGUCACGAUGGAUUCUCGCAGGCUGAGUGGCUCUCCGGACGUCAGGAUACAGAGGGGCUACACCAAGCAGCAGAGUCCCAGAGGCAGCCAGGAUGACUUGUUCGGAGUCAGGGUGCAGAUCCAAGGAAUUAAAGGUCAACCCUACGUGGUUCUGAACAGUUCUGGCCAGGAGAUCCACCGGGACGUCUCUGUCAUCACUCACCAGGCGGGGUACAAUCCUGGCAUGGUGAGGAGGUCUGAGGAUGAAAGACGCUCUCCCUCUGAGUCACAGAGGCCUGAAUCCUCCUCUGAGUUUCAUUAUCAGAAACAUCCGGAGAUUCUGAGACCUUAUGACCCCGAGAGUAAUAACCUGAACGUAGUUGUACCUUCAGCAGCGUCAGUCGCUCGACCUGCACAGCUGAACACCAGCCCUCUUCCUGAGACUGUGAAGAAACCCCGGAUCCCUCUGCCUGCUGAGGGCCCAGUGGGAGACCAGAGUGAUGUGACCCCUCCCUCAGGUAGUCAAGUUCCCGCAAGGUCGCCUAACUCAGUGGAGACAGAUUCCUUCAUAUCUGUCGGGAAGCUAAUAAGCCGGUUCAACAGCAGCCAGCGGAGAGGAAGAGGCGGCCCGAGGAACCGGUUGGACCCGGAGCAGUGUCGAAGGUCACGCAGCGCGGACAGCGGUAGAACCUCAGAGUCCUCUUCCUCCUCCUCUUCCUCCAGCAGAGCCUCAUCUCUGAAAGCUGUCAGGGGUGAGACCCCAGGUGGGGUUUAUCCUCCAGGAUCAGCCAGGGCUCGACUCCUUGGCGGAGAAUCUUCUUUGACGAGGGAGGAGAACAAGAACACCACAUUGAUUAAAGGACAUAAUGGAAAAGAGACGAUUUCCACACAUGCAGCAAAAUUACUUCAAAGAGCAGAGAAACCUUCAAGAUCCAGAUCAUGUAGUGACCAGACCGAUGCAUCUGAUGAAAGAGAUGCACAGGUCACUCCCGAUCUUCUGAAAGGACAGCAAGAACUCUCAGUAGACGCACCUGAAGACACAGCCAAACAAAUACUCUUCACCUACCUCAAAGACGGGACGACUGAUGAUGACUCCACCACUGAGAAGAAAGUCAUCCUGCUGCUUGAAAAGGUCAACAAGGAUUAUGCAGCCGAGGUGAAGUUUUUGCAAGACAAACAGGCAGUGCUGCAGAAAGAAGUGUCUCAAUUAAAACAACAACUGGAAACAGAGAUUAAGAAUGAAAAGACUCUGGCCAAAGCUUGUGAAAAGGCCAGGACAGAGAAAAAGAAAUGUCAGGAGGAUUUGGCCAAAAGUCAGGAGGAGCUGUGCAGACUCAGCAACCGACUGGCUCAGAUGGAGGCCGAACUUCAGUCCACCAAACAGGAGCUGACUCGCAUGAAGGCAGAAAGGGAAAGAUCUAAGACGGAGAUGAAAGAUCUUCAGCAACAGCUCUCUGAGAUGCACGAUGAGCUGGAUCAAGCCAAAAAGGCUGAAGUGAUAAAUACACAGAAAGAAGUCCUCCUUGAGGAAAUGGCGCAUCUACGUCUGGACUUUCAUGAGAUACUACAGGUGAAGGAGGAGCAGGAGGAGGUGCUGCACCACAGGGAGAGGGAGCUCAUCGCCCUGAAGGGGGCGCUCAAAGAGGAGGUGGAGACUCAUGAUUCCUACAUGGCCGCUUUGAAGGAGGAAUAUGAAAAGGAGCUUCAAAGGCUGUUCAGGGAUUUAGAGCUGGCUCAAGAGAGCAGUGCUAUGCUGGGUCAAAAGAAGGCUGAAGUAGAGGAGGAGAGAGGAUCAGCUCAGGUGCAGCUGAAGGAGACGAGCCAGGACAGAGAUCAGCUGAGAGGAAAGGUGCAAGAGCUGACCAACAAGCUGGAUCAGCUGAGUCAGGAUAUCCAGGAGUCCAAAAACACAGAGCGGCUGCUGGAGCAGAGAGUGAAGCAGCUGGAGAGGGAAAAGCAGCAGGUUGAGGAAGCACUAAGAGAUGUGAGGAGGAACGAGGAGGAGAUGUGUCAGUCUAACCAGUCGCUGCUCACUCGCUUGGAGGACGUGCAGGGUAAGUUGACCAAACUUAAUCAUGACCACAGGGACCUGAAGGAGAAGCUCAAGGAGGAGAGGAGACAAAUAGAGGAGCUGUGGAAAACCAAAACUGAGCUGGAAGAUGAGAGGACGCUGCAGGACAGGAACAUGGAGCAACUGCAGAGGAAGAUGAACAUCAUUAUGGAGGAGUGCGAGACGUCUACAGAUGUUCUUCAGAGCCAGGUCGAUGAGGCCAGAGAGAAGAAUCAGAGGGAGUUGGACGAUCUGCGGAGACAGCUGCAGGAAAAGGGAGCAGAGUUGGAGAAGUCCCGACAAGCAGCCAAAAAACUUCAGGAAGAGCUGCUUCCUCUGGAGGAGGAUCUGCGGCGCUGUCACAGGGAGCAGCAGGAGGCCCAGCUGAGGGGCCGGCAGCUGGAGCAGAGGGCGGAGGAGCUGGAGGAGAGGAACGCUGCCACGCUGGGAGAGCGGGAGCGCCAGGUCAAACUCAUGGAGGGACGUAUCAGCCAGUUAGAAGAAGAUCUCAAUGAUGAGCGCUGCAGUGCUGACCGCCUGAUGGAACGACUCGACAAAACCAAAGAGCAGAUGGAUCAGAUGAGGGCCGAGCUGAUGCAGGAGAGAGCCGUCAGACAGGACCUGGAGUGUGACAAGCUGAGCCUGGAGAGACAGAAUAAAGACCUGAAGAGCAGAGUGACUCAUCUGGAGGGAUCACAGAGGACCAACCAGGAUUCACUCGUCUCCAAACUUAACAGCCGCAUCCAGGAACUUGAGGAAAGGUUGCAAGGAGAAGAGAGAGACAACAACAGCCUGCAACAAGCAAACCGUAAGCUGGAGCGCAAGGUGAAGGAGAUGAAGAUGCAGACGGACGAGGAGCACAUCAACCUGCAGAGCCAGAGAGACCAGCUGACUCAGAGACUGAAGACGGCGAAGAGGCAGAUGGAUGAAGCGGAGGAGGAGAUCGAGCGUCUGGAGCACUCUAAGAAGAAGCUGCAGAGGGAAGUGGACGAGCACAUCGAGGCCAACGAGCAACUUCACGGUCAACUGGGCUCGCUGCGGAACGAGAUGAGGCGCAAGAGGAAAUCGCCUCCUGUCAGUAAGGCCGGGGAAGACAACGGGAACGACCUGGAAGACUUGGGAUCUGAUUGACUGAUUAAAAGCUAAAUAACAAUUUCUGGACUUUCAGAAAUGUUGGACUUUCUUUGAAGAAUCGUUGAUAUCAUAACAUUAUUCCAUUAACAAACUCAGGUGUGAUUUCAUAAUGUUUGCAGUUGUUAAAGUGAGAGACCUUGCCAAGGUUGACCUCUUGUGGCAAAAUGUAUAACUGCAAUAUCUGACAGACUGAGGUUUUACAAUGCAAAAAAGCUUAUUUACGUGUACUCAAUUUGAUUAAUCUUUUCUCUAAUUUAUUCAUUUUUGUUGUGUGUUAUUGUAAUAUGAUGCAAACUGCAAACUUAAACCAAUGAAUAAAUGUCUGUGUUUUACGAAC